UUGAUUUAUUUAUUUAAAAUUAAUAAUUACUUACUUUUAUAUGUAUUAAUUACUGUUAAAGGUUAGCCAGACUCCAACCCUGCUCUGGGCCUAAUCCCACUUUCACUAUAUUGCACAUCAAUCACAUAAUUAGAUUAUUCACUUUGAAAUGGACCUCUACUCAAAAUUAAGCACCAAUAUGGAAGACAUUGUCCAGCUUUUCCAGUCACGGAUGGGAGAUAUGGAGAAAAGUCUGCAUCAGAUGUCUAGCUCCCCUUCCAGGCAACAGGAUAUCACUGCCUUGAACCGUGAGUACCAUGACUUCAAGACAUUUAUAUGGAAAUCUGUCACUUUAUUAAAAUCCCAGAUUGAACUCCUCUCCUUGGGAUUGGAUCGGCAUGAAACAACUUCCAGGAGGAAGGUCAUAUUACUUCAUGGUGUUCCUGAGUCUCCAAAUGAAAGUGUAAAAGAUUGUGUUACAAGUAUACUACAUGAUCAGUUAAGGGUGACGGAUUCAUGCUCUGUUGAUAUUUCUGUCUGCCAUCGUCUUGGUAGUAGGCAAGCAAAGGCUCGGCCUAUUCUGGUUCGCUUCCAUAGUUAUUCUGCACGUAAUGAAGUGUGGAGUAAGAAAACUUUAUUGAAGGGUACCAGAACAUCAAUGUCUGAAUUCCUCAUUAAGUCUAGACAUGAUUUAUUUACUGAGGCUAGAAAGCAUUUUGGCAUGAAUAAAUGUUGGACAUCUGAAGGGAAGGUGGUUAUUUUACUACCGGAUCAGUCGCGGCGCAAGAUUGAACUGAAGUCAGAGCUGCAUCCAUUAAUCACCAAGUUCCCGACUAAUGAUUCGGCGCAAAGUAAACCUACAGCAGACACUUACAAACCCACCAAAAAAGCUGCGACGAUGACCACAAGGCGUCAGGGGCCAAGUAACAAAUGAAAAGUUACUGUGAUUGUAUUUAUUUUCUUAAUUUUCCUUUUAUUUCUUAUUACCUUUGCAUUACAGUCUUUAGAUUUCUGUAUUUAUUACCAUUGGCCGUUAUUUUUAUAUGAUGCCGUUUUUUUGUUAUUUUGUUGUUAUGUAGGUAGUACAGUAAUUCAUAAAUCACAGUAUGUAUAUAAUCUUAUUUUAAAUUUUUAGUUGUACUUGCUGAGCAAAUAGAAUAUAUUAGAAUUAGUUUUC